AUGGAGAACGAUAAAGGUCAAUUGGUGGAAUUGUACGUCCCAAGAAAGUGCUCUGCUUCUAACAGAAUCAUCAAGGCCAAGGACCACGCCUCUGUCCAAAUCAACAUUGCCCACGUUGACGCUGAGGGAAGAGCUACCUCCGAGGUUACCACCUACGCUUUGUCUGGUUACAUCAGAUCCAGAGGUGAGGCUGACGACUCUUUGAACAGAUUGGCUCAACAAGACGGUUUGUUGAAGAACGUCUGGUCUUACUCCCGUUAA